AUGGACAGUCCUUCAACCGACUGUAAAGGAAUAAGAUUACUUGAAGAGUAUUUAGAUAAAGAUAUAUUUGUGGUACUAAGGGAUAAUACGUACAUUAAAGGCAUUCUACGGUCAUACGAUCAAUAUUAUAAUAUAUUACUAGAAGAUAUUACACAAUACGUAAUAAGUAAUAAUGAAUAUUUACUAACGGAGAGUGAGUCGGUUUUAUUACGCGGUGAGAAUAUAAUCCUACUGGGAGAGGGAACAUUCAAUGAACAACCAGAUAUAACCCGAUCUAACCCGAAAUUCACAGAUGAUUUAAAUUAUAUUACACUAUAAGUAUUUAUUUAAAUAAUUCUUUAUGUAGUCCUUCUAAUUGCCCUUCUAUUUCUGAAUCAUAUUCUGGUUUAUUUGUAAUUUCUGGCUUUAUUGGUGAAUUCUCUUCAAAUGGGAUAUCGUACAUGAGAAGUCUUGUGAAUGCCUUCUUAUCCAUAAAUAUAAAAAAUAAAAUACACAAAU